CACGGAAAUAGUUCCUGCUGUUAUUUUGGCGCGGCGCGAAAAAGCAGCCAAGAAAAGUCUGCAAUGUUUACAGUCAUCAUCUGCUUUAGUCUGCUUUAAACUAAUAUACUGGCGUUUAACAUUAGUUUGUGAGCGAUUGUCAUUUAGACUUUAAACGUUGGAAUAAAAUCGAUGUUAUUUUAAUAAAUCGGAGAAUAUUUUUGAAAGCGCCAGAUAUUUGACAGCCGCGACAUGAGAUCGGGAACAACACAACGCAUUAAAAACAACAACACCGAUGAACCUUUGCCCAUUGCUUCACUUCGGCUUCUGGCCCCUCCACUGAGACUGGUCUCUGCGGCCAUGUGGAAAGUGAUGCAGCAGCGGGAUGCGAUGCUCUAUGGAAAGCUGGAGGAGUUUGUGACGUCAGUAUCAGAGACUGUACCUGGAUUGCUAAGUUAUCGACAUCAGGCCAAGCUGAGCGUGGGUCUGCGGGCACGGUUGAUCCUGGAGCAGCUCCGUGAGGCCCAGUCUUCUGACGCUGAGCUCAUUCUCUCCCAGCUAGAGAGACUUCGUGCUCCUGCCCUACCCAACAGUAAAAGAAUCCGGUCUGAUCAGAAAGUGGAGAUGGCUGUGAAGAACUUUCACACACUUGUGCAGACUCUGCUCGAGAAGCCAGCAGAGAGAGAGCAGUUCUUCAAGGAGGAGUUUAACUCUCAGUACGGGCCUCAGUAUGACUCUGCACUGGAGAAACUACUGUGGGAGUUUCUGACCAGACUGGACCAGCUGCUUCCUGUCCCAGAUCUGGCUCAGACUGUAUCGUGGCUUACUGCAGCUCCAGCUGUUCUGGAGGAGUGUGCACGCUCUGCGUCUCAGCCGCAACUCCUCAGGACUCUACUGCAGCACGAGAAAUGCCUCGGACACCUGGACUCCACAGCAUCCGUUCCCUCCUCCUUUGGGGACUCCAUCCUCUCCUCGCUUUCCCUCCCUCUCUCAGGAAAAGUGCGAGACAGCAACCAAUCAGGAUCCACUCCCACACCGAACAUGAUCCCAAGCCCCUCCUCAUCAACACAAAAAUCCAUCAAGAGGCAUGCGAGAGGAUCUGUGUCCCACAUCUCACCUGUAAUUGGCUCAAUAUCAACUGCAGACAUCCCACGUGCAGCUUCAACCAAUCAGAAUGUAGAACCUCUUUCAGAAAAGGACAGCGAUGAAGAUACAGAGAGUUCUAUUUACACAAGGGUCAAAUCGAGGUCCGGUCAGAAGAGUGCGAUUUUAGAGAAAAGUCCAAAUGAGGAGCACUGUGCGACGAGCAGUGAAGUCGAAGAGGAGGAUGAAUCUCAAACCAGACCAAUGAGAAGAAGUAGUAGAAAGAGUGGUGCAAAAGCAAAACAAAGCACAAGGAGCGGUGACAAAAUGAUGGAUUUGGGACAGAAGAUGAAAAGAAAAGAUAGCAGCAAGACACCUCGGAGAAAUCGCCAGGAAACAAGGUCACAAAAAGAGUCAGGUCUUCAUGCUGACUUUGCUUCCUGUAUGAAACGUCAGCUUCAAGUCAUCAUUCCAAGACUGGAACUAAAAUCAUCUACUCAAACGGUGAACACCUCGACCAGUGAGGAACAUACUACAGUGUCUCCAAGAAAACCUGCCACUGAGGGCGGGUCUGCAGUGAGAUGUGUCGAUGCUGGGAACCGAAAGAGGAAGCUCAGCCUCUCGGAGACUCCUGAGAAGAACCUGAGCGGCAAAGUUGAUCAGCAAGUAUAUGCUGGCUCUCCUUGCAUCCCCACACUCACGUCUUUCAGGAUGGAAAACUCAGAUACGGCUUCUCCUGUAACUCACUCCACAGAUGACGUUAUUGUAGAUUCAGAAGAUGAAGCCUCUGAGAAAUUUAAAGGAAGGCUGUUUACAAAGCGAUACUGCAAGACAAAGAGCGACACGUAUAUUCCCACUUUACAUGAAUUCUGGACUCCUGCCUUCUUCCGCCGUGACCACCUCUCUCCAGGAAACGGGUGCAGAUGAGGUUCGGUUUAAUGACCAUUCACCUGGUUUACAAACGCUUACUACCCUAAUGUCGCAUUAUUUCCUGUUUUUAAAUAAAUGUUCAUAGAUGUUGUUUAUACAUGUAGGCAUUCCCAAUGUCACCCUGUUCAAGUUUUUCUAUUUAUACAUUAGAUCAGCAUUAAUAAAUAUGCUCCAUAACUUUUUAAUUUUCCUGAAAUAAAUGAGUCCUGAGUGAGACUAGCUAUGUUUAUUUAUGCAUGAUUUAGUCUAGUUGUUUUUUGUUUUUUUUUACACAUAUAUAUUAAUAUAAUAAUGUUGGAUACU